AUGUCGGACCAAAAGGCUCAGGAGGAGGUGCAUGGUAUCUCGACCGUUGUGGAUGAUACUCCUCAGGUCAUUGCUGGGUACGGCGAGACUGCCAAGCGCGAGGGUGCGAAGACGAAGGAAGUCCGCAACGCCGAACUGUUCGCUGCUAUUGAGGAGACUAAAAUCGAGCGAUGGAGCAAGACAUCCAUCCAUCUGUACUUCUGUAUAUUUGUGUCUUUUCUCUGCGCUUGUGCAAACGGUUAUGAUGGAUCGCUGAUGGGAUCUGUUCUUGCAAUGGACCACUGGCAAGAGGUCUUCAAAGCCGGAUUGACAGGUCCGAAGGUUUCUGUUGUCACUUCUCUCUAUACUGUUGGAUCCAUUGUCGCGACACCAUUCAGCGCCGUCAUCUCCGACAGAUUCGGCCGACGCAAGUGCAUGUUCGUGGGUGCCUGGGUCAUCAUCAUCGGAUCAAUCAUCAUCUCAACCGCCAUGACCUUGGCCCAGUUUGUCGUCGGUCGCUUCAUUCUUGGUGUCGGAAUCCAGAUCAUGGUUGUGUCUGCUCCCGCCUAUGCAGUUGAGAUCUCUCCCCCACACUGGCGUGGACGUGCCGUCGGCUUCUACAACUGCGGUUGGUUCGGUGGCAGUAUCCCGGCCGCUGCGAUUACCUACGGAACGAACUACAUCGGAAACAACUACCAAUGGCGCAUCCCGUUUAUCCUGCAAUGCUUCGCCUGUGUCCUGGUUAUCUUCUUCGUCUGGUUCAUCCCCGAGUCACCCCGUUGGCUCCUUACCCAGGGUCGCGAGGAGGAGGCUGCUGCCUUCCUGGUUAAGUACCACGGUAAUGGUGACCCCAAUGCCCGCCUGGUUCGUCUUGAGCUCGAGGAAAUGAAGGAGGGCAUUCGCAUGGAUGGUAUCGAUAAGAGAUGGUGGGACUACCGACCCUUCGUCACCACCCACAGCGGCCGCUGGCGUUUUGCCCAGGUGAUCAUGAUCUCCGUCUUUGGACAGUGGUCCGGCAACGGUCUUGGAUACUUCAACUCGACUAUCUAUGAUAUCCUCAAAUACAAGUCUAGCUCGACCCAGCUCCUCCUCAACUUGAUCAACUCCAUCGUCUCCGCGAUCGCCGCCGGAACCGCAGUGUGCUUGACUGACAAGAUGCCUCGUCGACCAGUGCUGAUCUAUGGUACCUUCGCCUGCGCCAUUACCAUGGCCAUUAACGCCGCCAUCUCGCUUCCUAUUGCCCAAACCGGCACAAUCAGCCACACCAAGGGUCAGGCCGCGCUGGCAUUCUACUACCUCUUCAACGUGGUUUUCUCCUUCACCUACACCCCGCUGCAGGGAGUCGUCCCCGCUGAAGCUUUGGAAACUACCACCCGUGCCAAGGGUCUGGCGCUGUCGGGAUUCAUGGUUAGCUCGAUCAGUUUCAUCAGUCAGUUUGCGUCGCCGAUUGGUCUAGGCAAUAUCUCGACGAACUACUUCUGGAUCUUUGUUGGCUGGGAUUUGUUCGAGGUUGUAUGCUGGUACUUCCUCUGUGUUGAGUCUCAGGGUCGGACGCUCGAGGAGCUUGAGUGGGUGUAUCAGCAGCCAAACCCGGUCAAGGCGUCGAAAAACCUGGAUAAGGUUGUGGUGCAGCAAGAUGGUACUGUUACUGAGAAGAUUGAAGAUGAUGUUUGA